AUGCCUGCUGGAUCGGGAACUCAUUUCCGGAGGAUCCUCGAGCGUAAUGCCCGAGGCGCUACCCCGUUUUUUGAGGGGUUUACGGCUGUGGUCGUGGCUUCUUCCACCUCCCAAGCCAUUCCACCUUUCUCCUUGGAUAUGGCAUUUAUCGUCAUUCCAAAAGCCUCUACCCAUAUAGCUACAUUCGCCUUUGGAGUACUUAAUCUCCGUCUUAAUCGGAGAGACGGGGACUUUGCAGCUACUGGGGAUGUCACCCAUAUAACUGGUUCGUCACAGCCCACCGUGGCUUCCUUCUCUGCACUGCCAGCUGCAAACACCUGUGCCGGGGCUGUACGCCUAGAAAGCAUACCAGAAGAUCAAACGGAGUUGCAAUCGAUGGAUGCCACUGUUGCCAUGGAAAGGAAUGGCCAACGCAAUCCGUAA